AUGUCGUUUGCCGCAGCCAACAAACGUCUACUCAAAGAAUACAAGGCCUUGCUUAGAGAGUCGCCGGAGGGCAUUGUCGCCGGUCCAGUUGACGAAUCAAAUCUUUUUGAAUGGGAGUGCUUGAUACAAGGCCCCGACGAAACCCCGUUCGAGGGUGGUGUUUUCCCAGCGACAUUAAGCUUCCCAAAAGACUAUCCACUAAAUCCUCCAAAAAUGAGAUUUACUUGUGAAAUGUUUCACCCCAACGUUUACAAGGACGGCACCGUAUGCAUCUCAAUCCUGCAUUCCCCCGGUGACGACCCAAACCAAUAUGAGGAUGCCAGCGAACGCUGGUCGCCCAUCCAAAGUGUCGAGAAAAUCCUCAUUAGUGUGAUGAGCAUGCUUGCCGAGCCAAACGACGAGAGUGGGGCGAAUAUCGAUGCCUCAAAGGUUUGGAGGGAUAAUAAACAGGAAUAUGCAAGGAGAGUUAGACAAUGCGCUAGGAAGGUUUUGGGACUGUGA